CCAACAUGUAUUUAGUCAAGUGAAGAAUGAGGAAAGGCGUUCAAGUUUCGAAGCGAACAAGUCCGCAGGGAACACACGGACGACUCGUGCCUGUUCGGCUCCGACACUCUCCAGCCAUGGGAACUUUUUUACACCGUCUGGUGAUACUGUUUCUUUGUUUGUCAUCGGCACCAAACGUUUUUGGUUCCAACAUCUGCACAUCACAAGGAGUUGCCACUUGUCAACAGUGCUUGGCUGUUCACCCUAACUGUGCAUGGUGCUCUCAGGAGGAGUUUGGAAUGGGGGGAUCCAGUGUAUCCCGCUGUGACCUGAAGCAGAAUCUGUUGGAUGGAGGGUGUAGUAGUGCAUCUGUGGAGUUUCCCUCCAGCACCCUGACAAUUCAAGAGGACACACCGCUCAGUGCUAAGGCCUCUGGAGCUGCUGAUGAUGUUACUCAGCUAAGGCCUCAGAAACUCAGUAUAACACUAAGACCAGGUGAUGCCAAGCGGUUCAGUGUGUCAGUAAAGCAGGUGGAGGAUUACCCAGUGGACCUCUACUAUCUGAUGGAUCUUUCCUAUUCAAUGAAGGAUGAUUUAGCUCGCCUUCGCACCUUGGGUAAUGAGCUUGCCGCGACCAUGGCCAAAAAAACAAGCAAAUUACGCAUGGGGUUUGGAGCCUUUGUGGACAAGACUACAUCCCCUUACAUGUACACCUAUCCUCCAGAGGCAGUGGAAAACCCUUGUCUACAAAUUCAUACUACAUGCAAGGCUCAAUUCGGAUUCAAGAAUGUGCUGUCACUGACAGAGAAGGUAGCUCGCUUCACUGAGGAGGUGGGGAAGCAGCAGGUGUCUAGAAAUAGAGAUGCUCCAGAGGGUGGAUUUGAUGCUGUCAUGCAGGCUGUGGUGUGUAAGGAGAAGAUUGGAUGGCGUGCGGAUGCUUCACACCUUUUGGUAUUCACAACUGAUGCCAAAACUCACAUCGCUCUGGAUGGACGUAUAGCUGGAAUUGUCCAACCUAAUGAUGGACAAUGUCAUCUUGAUAAUGACAACAAUUAUAACAAAUCUACUGUCCUGGACUAUCCCUCAUUGGCGCUCAUGACAGAUAAAAUGUCUGAAAACAAUAUAAAUUUAAUUUUUGCUGUCACCGCCUAUGUGGAGCCACUCUACAAGGCGUACAGUCAGCUCAUUCCAGGCACAACUGUGGGAACACUGUCCGAUGACUCUGGUAAUGUUAUUCAGCUCAUUAAGGAGGCUUAUGAGAAAAUCCGCUCUAAAAUAGAGCUGGAGCUACUUGAUGUCCCAGAAGAGUUGAGUCUCUCUUUCAAUGCCACCUGCCUAAAUGAGGAAGUCAUACCUGGGGUUAGGCACUGUUCUGGCCUCAAGAUUGGAGACACAGUGUCAUUCAGCGUGGAGGUUCAGUUGCGUGCUUGCCCCAAAGAGAAGAAUCGCACUUUUACCAUCAAACCUCGAGGCUUCAAGGAUUCGCUGGAGGUCACCGUGGAUUUUGCCUGUAGCUGCGACUGUGAGGCAAAAGCUGUAGCCAACAGCUCCAUCUGUAGCAACGGCAAUGGGACCUAUGAGUGUGGCGUGUGUCAGUGUCACCAAGGGCGCCUGGGCCCACGGUGUGAGUGUUCAGUGGAAGAUUACAGUUCAUCUAAUAAUGACAACUGCAUCGAGAAACCAGGAGGCCCACUCUGUAGCGGGAGAGGUGACUGCUUGUGUGGACAGUGCUCCUGUCAUGCAAAUGAGUUUGGUGAGGUGUGGGGCAAAUACUGCCAAUGUGAUGACUUCAACUGCUUGCGCUUCAAAGGAGCACUGUGUUCUGAUCAUGGGAGGUGUCGCUGUGGGAAAUGCCAUUGUGAUUCUAAUUGGAAAGGACCAAACUGUAACUGCUCCACAGUCACAGACACCUGCACAUCCAGCAUUGGCAUGCUGUGCAGUGGCCGGGGUCACUGCGAGUGCGGGAUUUGUCAUUGCACUGAAGUUGGAGCCUAUGGAGCUACCUGUGAGAAAUGCCCCACCUGUCCCGAUUCCUGCACUAUAAAAAGGAAGUGUGUUGAGUGUAAACACUUUAAGAGAGGACAGUACAUCAAAGACAACACCUGCAAUGCCGUCUGCAAAGAUGAAAUUAAAGUAGUGAAUGAACUGGUUUUUCAUGAUAAAAAUGCGAGGAAUUGCUCGUACAAAGAUGAGAAUGACUGCCUGGUGCACUUCCAGUAUUACGAAGAUGACAGUGGCAAUUCCAUCUUGUUUGUGGUAAAAGAGCCAGAGUGUCCUCAGGGUCCAGACAUCUUGGUGGUGCUCAUGGCAGUGGCGGGAGCCAUUCUGCUACUGGGCCUCGUUGGCUUACUCAUCUGGAAAUUGCUGGUCACCAUUCAUGACCGUAGAGAGUUUGCCAAGUUUGAGGAGGAGAGAGCCAAAGCCAAAUGGGAUACGGGGAACAAUCCUUUGUAUAAAGGAGCCACCUCCACCUUCACCAAUGUAGCAUACCGAGGCAACUAACAACUAAAUGCAAUGAGAAAAACUCAGGGGUCGACGACAGAGAUGGAAUGUAGCAGCGGAGAAAUGGAUGAGAAGAAGAUCCUUUACACUGUCACAUGACCAGUUACUGUAGCUGAAAGGUAGUUAUAGCUGUCAACAACAAGAUGUAAUAAUUGUACAUAUUGUAAAAAUAACUGAAAUGGCUCCUUGCUACUAGGCUUCCUGUUUUUACACUGUGUCAUGUCUAUAGGGUUUAAGUACUGUACAGUACAUGUACAGCAGAUGGGAGUUCAUUUACAUAAACCACUACUGUAAGGGGAUCUACUGCUGAAACUUCUGUGGUCUUUUUAGGAGGCUCCUCUGCCAUUACAAUGUUUGUUGUUUAAGAAAUAGGAAUAGAAAUCAUUGAAUGGUCAUUUUUAGGUCCUCUUCAUUGUCUUUCACCAUGCUUGAUAUGUUAUUUACACCAAAGCUUUGUUUUUUGUCGUUUUGUUCUUGGAGAGUGCAGCUGCAAUCUUUUUCAAAGGUUUCUUUUACUUCAUUAAUUUGAAAUAGGAAAUCUCAAACAGAUCACAGCAAAGUUUAUCAGUAUACGUAAAUAUGUGUACUAUAGAAUUUUAAUAACUUAUUAAAAUGUGCUUGAAGGGUUCAUGUACAUGACCAGUCCUGACUGACACAAGUGCAGCACUCUGUGAAGUUACAGUUCACUGUAAAAAAGGAGUAAAAAAUCAAGUAAAAAAAAUAAAAAAUACAGCCUCUAGGCUGCCUUGGUUUACAGUAGCUUGUCUGUUUUUUAAAUGCUUAGUAGUAGUACAUACUUUGACAUGUGUCUUUGUCCCUCCAUCAUCACCUGUUAUUUUAUGUUCAUUUUUUGCAGAACUGUAUGAAAACAUUGUGAUCUGUUCUGCCAUUUCUGAAUUGUAAAUUGUUUUCUACUGACUCACACUGUGUUACACUGAAAUAUCAUAUUCUUUGUUUGUGUAUAUGAGCAGAUUUUAUUGCAUAUCAAAUGAUAUUGGCCAUAAUGCCCUGUAAUUGGUAAUAACAAACAGAUUUGUUCUUUUACAACCCCAUUAGGAGAAAAGACUAUAAUGUGAGGUGUAUUAUGAUUGUAUAGCCCUGCUCGUCUCUCAGGACAUAGUCUGCAACCUUAUUAUAUAGAUAUCUGUUUUUUUGCACAGGUUUUAAAGAUACAUGGGAUUUUGCUCUAGUUUGUUACACAGAAGGAAUGUGGAAAGAUAUAAGCGAUCAAGAGAUUAUACCUGACUUCACCAAUUUUGUGUGAUUCUUGACAUUUAAAUUCCUUUAAAGCUUUCUAUCCUUUAUUAAGAUCAGAUUUACAAAAGAUAAAAAAAAAGACAUUUUAUUUAAGAUUCAUUUUUUAGAUCCAAAGCAAUAAGUUGCCUAACAUUUCUGAACUUGAAAAAGUUAUUCAACUCUUUCUGUAUUCACUCUGGGUGACAUUUCGUAGCCUUAUCUUUUGGAUGAACAUUAUAAUAAAUAUGACUGAUGCACUGUGUGA